CAACACCUUCGUGUAUACACGUCUCCUAUAUUUAUGCAUCUCUCUCUCUCUCAAGAUAAUUUUUAUUUGGUUCGGAGCCAUAGAAGAAGUUCUUCAUUUCUGGCUGCUAGAGUUUUAAGAACAUGGCAGCAAAUCGUCCACACGUGCCCAAAUUCGGAGACUGGAAGCAGGAGGAUGUUGCAUUCACGGUGAUGUUCGAUAAAGCCAGUAGGACGAAGCAAAAUCCAAACAUGUCUAAUCCCAACGAGCAUCCAAAUAUGAAUCCAAAUCCUGCACAAACUCCAAAUCAUAGAUAUGACCAACCACCGAACCACAAUGUAAGACCGAGACACGAAAGAUUCAGUAGCAGAGAAGAAGCCGAGUUCAGACCGUCUCCUGCACACAAUGAAAGAAACAACAGAGUCAGAGCUCCUCCCCCAGCAGAAACGUACAACCAUCAAUCAUAUGGUGGUGGAGGUAGGUCACAUGGAAAUCCACAGGAAACAAAGAGACGGCCGCAACAUGAACCUCCAAGGGUGCAAUCUACGCCGAUACGUAAUCUUAGAGGUCGUAGCAAUGAAAGGGUCGCAAUUCCGCCGUUUCCAGGAUCGGGUUCGGAGAAUCAGAGUUACACACUCAUCUUUGACAAAGUGAAGGAAGACAAGAGGCAAAGUGGGAAUAUGAGGUCUUACAGUGGAUCUGCUCAUACCACCCCGAGUCGACCACUCAACGACCAACAUCACCAACCGCUACCUUCUAGUCCCAAGAAUUGCUGCUUCCCUCCAUGGGGCCGAAAGUGACGCAAGUGAAGAGUGAAGAUAAUUUGUUUCUUCUUUUCAUCAAAUUCAUUGUUUGUUGUUUGCUUCUGCAUAAUUUUCCAUUUGCUGUUACGUACUCUUUUGUGUUCAUAUCUUUUUAUUUCGAUUGAUAACACUACAAUUUCGUCUCUAUUGUAUUGUGUUAUAUGA